GAUUUGUUGGCAGCCAUCGACAACAGUCUGGAGAAGAAACUUACUAUUUGGGAUGUUGUUUCAGGAACAAUGGUUGCAGAAACAAUGAUAAGUGUGGACGUGAUUUGUGACAUCAAUUUCAACCCGAAGUACCCAGACUUGUUGGUAUCUACAGGUAAAGAACACAUCUCGUGGUGGAAGGUUUACAGAGGGAUCGGUACCAUACAGUCUGUCGCACAACCUGACUACGAGACAUAUCUUCGGGCCAGAUUUAUCAUCUGUCUUACUCAUAAUGACAAAGGAGAUCUUAUAACAGGCGAUUCUAACGGCACAAUCUACGUCUGGGGCGACGGAGGGAACAAAAUCACUAAUUUCAUCAAACAUGCCCACGACUCUGACCUUCCUAGGGCCAGAAAGGCAAGACAAAAAACAUAUCUUCGGGCCAGAUUUAUCAUCUGUCUUACUCAUAAUGACAAAGGAGAUCUUAUAACAGGCGAUUCUAACGGCACAAUCUACGUCUGGGGCGACGGAGGGAACAAAAUCACUAAUUUCAUCAAACAUGCCCACGAC